AGGGGGGAGGCGGGAUUGCGCAGGUAUGAAGGUAGCAGUUGGGUCACGGCAGUCAAAAGGAAGCAAAAUGGUGCAAGAGGCAGCUGGGGGAAUAAAAGCACCAUGGGAGGACAGAUGACCAGAGAGAAGGGGACACCAGAGUGACAGAUUUUAGCCAACCCUGAGAGCAGCAUGCAGCACAUGCCUCAGGGGAGGGUGCGUUGCAGUCCGUUUAACCUGCCAGAGAUAAACCCAGACAGGCUGAAGACUGCCAAGGCUCUGGUGGAGAAGGCUGUCCAGCUGCGGAGGGUUUUCACUGUACAGGGCCCCUAUCCUGUGAUCCGUGCUGCCUUGCAGGCCAGAGGUUGGGUGGAGCGUCGACUGCCACACCCCGCCCCAAAACCAGCAGGCCGUUGUCAUGGUGAAGAGGAUGGUGAGGAUGGGGAUGACAGUAAUGAUGACAACGACAAAGGGGUGGAGGGGGCGAGGGGGCACGACCCUGAUGACAUGUAUGACCUCAUGUCUCGUCUGGUGCGAAAUGAAACAACAUACUUCUACUGGACGACACGGAGGGAUGAGAUUGACUGCCGCUCGUUACGGAAGGACCAGAUGACCAAUCACUAUGCAAAGUCGGGCACUUUCACCACCAAGGUGGGUCUGUGUGUGAACUUGAGGAACCUUCAGUGGUUUGAUGCUACAAACCCAGACACAUUCUUCCCACGAUGCUACAGGCUCGGGGCAGAUGAUGAGAAACAUGCCUUCAUUGAAGACUUCAGGAGGACUGCAUGUACUAGUCUGCUGCAGCACAUAGUGGAAAGGAGUGAUGGAGAGGAAGAAAAGGUGCAAGAGAACUUGUCACAAUCCGAGGGUAUCAGAGUGAUAUACUGCACACACACAAUAAAUUGCAAUACAUUGUGCCAUUCUCAAUGUCAAGCCAAUAAGUCUUCUCCAGGCCCUAGGAAACACAGAGCAACUCGAUUGGUCAGUCCAAGAAUGAUUGACAGGGCUUUGCACGUAUGCCAGGAGUUUCUCAACAGCUUGGACCACAGUGACAUUGAUGUCACCAUGGAAACGCCACCCUCCCUCACAGAACAGCAGUGGGUCAAGUUCAUGCAUGACUACUACCUGGUCGUCCAUGAAGGUGUGGGGAUCGAGGGCAGUGGUGUGUAUGUGGAGCGUUGUCAGGCCAUGCUGAAUAGACUACAGGUGUGUCCACAGCUGGAGACGGAUGGCCUCCACAACAUCUGGAUCAUCAAACCAGGGGCCAAGUCACGGGGCAGGGGUAUAAUGUGUAUGAAUCGCCUGGAGGAUAUCCUGAGGCUGGUGGACAGUGACCCAUCCUUAAUCAAGGACAGUAAGUGGGUGGUGCAGAAGUACCUGGAGCGCCCCCUGUUGGUCUAUGCCACCAAGUUUGACCUGCGCCAGUGGUUCCUGGUCACAGACUGGAACCCACUGACCGUGUGGUUCUAUCGCGAGUGCUACCUGCGCUUCUCCACCCAACCCUACUCCACACAAACCCUGGCUAGCUCGGUCCACCUGUGUAACAACUCCAUUCAGAAGCAUUUCCAGCCGUCUCAAUGGCGCCACCCGGAGGUGCCCAAGGACAACAUGUGGUCGUGCUCCCAGUUCCGGGCCUUCCUGCAUGCCCAGGGCCAGGGGGCAUCGUGGGGGGCGCUGGUGGUGCCUGGGAUGCAGCGGGCAGUGGUCCACGCCCUCCAGACGGCCCAGGACCUGGUGGAGGGGCGCAGGGGCAGCUUUGAGCUCUACGGGGCAGACUUCAUGCUGGGUCGGGACCUGAGGCCCUGGCUACUGGAGAUCAACGCCAGCCCCACGAUGGCCCCCUCCACGGCAGUCACCGCCCGCCUCUGCCCUGCCGUGCAGCUGGAUACCCUCAAGGUGGUGCUGGACCGACGGGCAGACCCUGGGGCCUAUACAGGGGGCUUUCAGCUCAUCUACAAACAGGCUACAGUUGAAGUCCCUCAGUACAUGGGAGUUAACCUGCUGGUGGAGGGAGCCCCACUAAGACGACCCCGACUGCCCCCACAUAGAAUCCGUGUCAUCCUUGACCCCCCUCUCACCACACACAUUCACACCCGCACCAACCAAUCAGCCUCAGAAACAGAGGACAAACCCUCCAGUCAUAGACCAUCCCCAUGCCGCCACCCCUCAGGCAAAGAGAACCAAUCAAGGUUAAGGGGGAAUAGGUUCCACAAAAGAGAUGAAGAGGGUGGAGCCCUGGGGCGCCAGCACACCUCCCCUACUCUGAGGUUGUCUCAGAGAAUGGCAACAGAGCGCCCUCUGGCACUCCACAGCGAGCACCAGAAGGGGGCUCGUUGCCUGGGGAUGAGCAGAAAUUGUCCUCUCCGCCUGGUUCCCAGGACUCUGUCCCACUCCCUUAGCACCCCCUGUGGCAUUUUAGGGGGUGACACCCACCCCUUUCACCCUAACCCCCACCCCAGGCCUGCCCCAGGACCCUGCACCGCCCGGCCCUUCCUCCCCCAGUCCUCCCUGGGACCCCCGCGCAAGGCUCCAACCCGGAACCUGCCCACCCUCUACGGCCCCAUCCCAGCCCUGGAGGUCUUUGGCCUGCGCCCCAGCCCACUGACAGAACCCUUAUCUGGGCCCAACUCUGGCCUCCGACCCUGGCCUCCGCAUACACCAGUUCCUCCCCCACUUCCACAGGCAGGCUAUGGCCACCUAUAAAGGAGACUGCGCCGGUGGAGGACCCAAAUCCUCUUGAUGUAAAUCUUAUCUGAAACAUAAGGGAAAACACAAAACUGACUUUGGCUUAGCAUCUAUGGGUAACGUCAUAAUGUACUUGACAGACGGGGCUUUGCAGGGGGGGAAACGAUCUCUUGAACUGUCAUCAUGUGUUACUCACUCACUUUUUGAAUUUUAUUUGUCUUGAAAGUAAAAUGAAAUAGAACAUGAAAUAAAGACUUUCCAUC